AUCUCAUAGUUCAAGGCUUUCGAGUACCACCCCUAUUUUUGCGUGAGUUCGUCGUACAAAAUGGGCGAAUCUCAUAGUUCAGGGCUUGUCCUUGUGACCUAGAAUCAUACAGCAUGAAUUCAUCAUCAAGCAAAUGCAAUCAUUAUGACUAUGUAUGACAUUUAUUACGUAUCACAAUCAUCAUUUGAGCAUACAUGCUAUAUUAUGUCAUAUCAUGAUAAUUAUAUGUCUACUUGCUAUUCAACUUGGAAUUGUUGUAUUAGCGUAUUCCUCAGCUGACGCUGAGCGUGUAGUUUGUUUUACUUGCUACACGCAGGUAACAAUACUGAUCAUGGAGCCCAUCCCAGGGGUCAAUGAGAGUGACGAGAUGUACGGACUGGUGGACCACAUUUAUGAUGUUUUAAUUAAAUAAAUACCUUUUCGGGCGAGAACCCAGAAAAAUGUAAAACAAUUUGAUUAUGUUUUAUACUUAAGCUUCCGCAUUGUUUCAGCAAUACUCUGAAUUUAAUAUUUGAAAUUAUCAUUUAUAUUAAAGUUUAAAUUGGUUUUAAAUUAUUCCUCAAAUUGUUAUGCGUAUUUACCAUCAUGAUCCUACUUUUUUGGAGGGAUAGGUGAUUUGUAAACCUCUUUUGUAGACCUUGAUUGGAAGCUUCUUCUCCCUCUUUCCGGCAGAUUGUUCCAAUUUCUUACAUCUUUGACUGUUGGGUUGAGUCUUAGCUUUCAAUCCUCUCAUUUUGGGUGCUUAGUUAGUUCAGUGAAUUUUGGGUUAUGCUACCUGAGAAAGAUAGGUUUCCUUUUUCAUGCAGUUGAAUUUGGUUAGAAUUUAGUGUUUUGAGGUGUGGGCUUCUUUUUCUCAAUGCUUAUCAUUUUCCAUAGAUUAUUACAGCAAUUCUUCAUUCUUGUUUUGAUCAAUAUAUCCCUUUCAUAGUUUAAUUUUAGUCAUUCUAACUCUUUUUUUAAAGGGAUUCUAGCUCUCUAUUAUUGAUCUGGUUGAAGAUAUGUCCAAGUACUUUGUAGACUACUCCGUAUUAUACUCGUACUUCAUAUGAAUUUAUGUUUUAAUUAGACCCUAUACCCUACUCUUGAGUGAGAUAUACUGGUUUUUUUGUUUGGUUUAGCUCUAUAAUAAUUAGAAGGCUGAGACAUCUUGAUUGUCCCCUUCUCACACUCUUAAGUAAAAUUGUGGAAUCUAUCCUUACGUGUAAUAAAUGUGCAGCAUCACAUUUUGGGAGGAACAUAUUGUGGGUUUAGGAUAUAUAGUGAGUUUAUCAUGAGUCCGUCGGAAAUCAAGCGUAGAGUUGGUAAAUAUGAAGUGGGGAGGACAAUAGGUGAGGGGACAUUUGCCAAAGUUAAAUUUGGAAGGAAUUCUGAGACGGGAGAACCCGUUGCUCUCAAGAUCCUCGACAAGGAUAAGGUCCUCAAACACAAAAUGGCAGAGCAGAUCAGGCGGGAAAUUGCUACGAUGAAGUUGAUAAGGCAUCCAAAUGUCGUUCGAUUGUAUGAGGUUAUGGGAAGCAAGACCAAAAUAUACAUUGUUUUGGAGUUUGUUACUGGAGGAGAGCUUUUCGACAAAAUUGUAAAUCACGGACGGAUGAAGGAAGAUGAGGCAAGGAAGUAUUUCCAACAGCUUAUUAAUGCAGUUGAUUAUUGCCAUAGCAGAGGAGUCUACCACCGAGAUCUAAAGCCGGAAAACCUGUUGUUGGAUGCUAAUGGGAACCUCAAAGUUUCUGACUUUGGAUUGAGCGCUUUGUCCCAGCAAGUCAGGGAGGACGGGUUACUUCACACAGCAUGUGGAACUCCCAAUUAUGUUGCUCCAGAGGUUCUGGACGAUCAAGGUUAUGAUGGGUCAACUGCUGAUAUGUGGUCUUGUGGAGUUAUUCUCUUUGUAUUGCUUGCUGGUUACUUGCCUUUCGAUGAUUCAAACAUUGUCAACUUAUAUAAAAAAAUCUCUUGUGCCGAAUAUACUUGCCCUCCUUGGUUCUCUUUUGGUGCCAUGAAGCUUAUUACAAGGAUACUUGAUCCGAACCCCGUAACUCGGAUUACCAUUCCUCAACUUUUGCAAGAAGAGUGGUUUAAGAAAAGUUAUAAACAACCUGUUUUUCACGAGAACAAAGAUGCAAACCUUGAUGAUAUUGAAGCUGUUUUUCAAGAUAUUGAAGAGCAUCACGUUACAGAGAAAAAGGAAGAGCAGCAGCCAACUGCUAUGAACGCGUUUGAGUUAAUUUCCAUGUCUAAAGGUCUCAACCUUGAGAAUCUAUUUGAUGAGCAGGGGUUCAAGAGAGAAACAAGAUUCACAUCCAAACGCCCUGCCAACGAGAUAAUCAGCAAGAUUGAAGAAGCAGCAAAACCACUUGGCUUUGAUGUUCACAAAAAGAACUACAAGAUGCGGUUGGAAAACAUAAAAGCAGGGAGAAAAGGAAAUCUAAAUGUUGCAACUGAGGUAUUCCAAGUUGCUCCUUCUGUACAUGUGGUUGAAGUGAGAAAAUCAAAAGGGGACACAUUGGAAUUCCAUAAGUUCUAUAAAAAUCUUGCAACUUCCCUUGAUGAUGUUGUAUGGAGAAGUGAAGAUAACAUGCAAGAAACGAAGUAGAAUAUAUACCGCUACAAAUGUAUGUAUAGAUAUAGUAGUUUAUUCUUCUUUUUCAUGCCAUUUGUGGAAAAAGAUUUGUUUUCAUUUAGCUUUAUUUCAAAAUUUAAAUUUUUUUGGCUUUAUCUUUCGAGAGCUCUUCUAUUCAUUGCCUUAAUUAUCUAAAUUCGGCAAUGGGACUUUCUUAUCUCCCUUGAGAAUUGCGCAAGGGAGUUAUAUUUGUCUCUGUAUGUAUAUAUGUCUUAGACUUACAGGUGGGGUUACUGUUGUAAACAUAAACUUUAUGGUUUGUU